CCAAGUACCAACAUUUAAAUUUAUGUCCCGCGCCCGCCGCGACGAAAAAAUACUUCUUUGACAAAAAAAACAAUUUUUAUUUUAAGUUUUACAAAUUAUGGCAGAGGUGGCAGGAUUUAGUUAUAAACGAUACGAAAAGUCUUUAGGCCUACUCACUACUCGAUUUGUGACAUUGUUACAAAAAGCAAAAGAUGGUGUUUUGGAUUUAAGAUCAGCUACCGAAAUAUUAGCUGUGCGGCAAAAAAGAAGAAUUUAUGAUAUCACUAAUGUUUUGGAGGGUAUUGGGCUAAUAGAGAAACGAAGUCAAAACAGUAUUCAGUGGAAAGGUGCUUGCCAUGAUGGAAAUUCAAAUGAAAUUGGAGCAAAAGUUAAUUCCUUAAGAAAACAAAUAAGUUCUCUUGAAGAUCAAGAACAAUUAUUAGACCAGCACAUGCACUUUAUAGAGCAAAGUAUCAAAAACAUACUGGAUGAUUCGGACAAUCAGAGUUUACACUAUGUCACAGAAGCUGAUAUAAGGAAGUGUUAUGAUGGAGAAAAAGAUCAAAAUAUACUUGUAUGUGAGUGUCCCCUUGGCACUGAAUUCUCAUGCAGCCAUAAUCCAUAUGAGGACAAAGGCAGCAUUUUGCACUUAAAAUCACAUGAAUCUGUAGGAGUUAUAUUAUUAUGUGAUUUAAAUAAAGAAAAGGAAAUGGAUCUAGAUGACACAGAUGAGGAAAUGGAGAGUUACACAGAGUUAGGAUUUAGUAAUACUACAUCCAAUUCAAAUUACCUUCUACGUUUGAGUCCACCAAUCACGAAAUAUGACUUCACAUUCUCCCUGAGCGGGUCGGAGGGACUGUGCGAUCUGUUUGAUAUCCCUUGUUAACUUUCAUAUCACUAUUUUUAAUAUGCUAUUUUAUUUGAAAUUUUAUUUUGUGAUCAUGUUUUAAAUUUGUAAAAAAAAUCAUGUAAAUAUGUAAUCGAGAAUGUUAAAAGUUUAUGUGAAUAAA